AUGCGCGUUGCCAAGAAUUUGUGGGAUGCGCUCGAAGCUAAGUUCGGCGCAACCGAUGCUGGAAGCGAGUUGUAUGCUAUGGAGAAGUUCCAUGAUUACAAAAUGGUUGAUAACCGUUCUGUACUGGACCAGGCCCAUGAGAUACAAUGCAUCGCUAAGGUGCUGGAGCUCCCGAAGUGUGAGUUACUGGACAAGUUUGUCGCGGGUUGCAUUAUUGCAAAACUCCCUCCUGGAUGGAGGAACUUUGCUACUUCUCUCAAGCACUUGAGACGUGAAUUCUCUGUUGAGGAUGUCAUCAGUCAUCUAAGUGUUGAGCAGAACUCGAGAGCAAAGGACUCACACGUGAAAGGGGCAGAGGAUUCUUCUAGCGCCAAUGUGGUGCAGAAGAACUUCCACAAGUUCAAGGGAAAGAACACUGUCCAGUAG